AAAACCGUAAACUGAACCGAAGCUGAUUGUCAAAAGUCAAAACCCUGUUCAGCUGAGCUGAGCUCAGUGUAAACUGCCCAAACACAUUUUCCAGUUGAUAGAAAGCAUGACGAUGCGGCGGAUCAUCCUCUUCUCCAGCUCCAACCGCCGCCAACAGCCACCACGCAAACAGUACAACAACCUCAACCACCUCAGAACCCUAUUCGAAGGCACCUUCAAGGCCGUCCGCGACCGUGGCCUCGACCACGCCGUCGAGAGAGAGAAGCACCUGAAGCCACUCAUCAGCCUCAAGAAUCUCAUCAAACGCGAACCCUCCAAAUCCCUUCCCAUCUCCAUCAUUACCCAAAACAAAGAAUCCCUUCAAUUGCCAUUUCGCCCCAUCGAAUUCACCCGAAAAUACCCCUCCGCCUUCCACGAAUUCCUCCCCGUCGCCGCCGCCCUCAAUGCCCCGCACAUCCGCCUCACCCCGCAGGCCCUCUCGAUCGAUUCCGACGAGCAGCUCCUGUACCAAAGCGACGGUUACAAGGAACAGAUCGCCAACCGCCUCUUGAAGCUCUUGAUGAUCUCCAGAAUCCAUAAGAUCCCUCUCUCAAUCAUCGAACACCUCAAAUGGGACCUCGGUCUUCCUCACGAUUAUCUUCACGGCAUUAUUCCUGAGUUCCCUGAUUACUUCCGUGUCGUCCAUGAAAAAUCCCGUGCAUUUCGAAAUGAUGAUGACAGGGUUUUGGAGCUGGUUUGUUGGAGCAAUGAAUUGGCAGUUUCGGUUAUGGAGAAGAAGAAUAAGAAGAAAGGGAGUGAUUUUGAGUUCCCGGUGCAGUUUUCGACUGGGUUUGAGAUGGAUAGGAGUUAUCAGAGGUGGUUGAGUCAAUGGCAGAAGCUGCCUUAUGUCUCUCCUUAUGAGAAUGCAGCUCAUCUAUCAGCUUCUAGCGACGAAUCCGAUAGAUGGGUCGUUGGUGUUUUGCAUGAGAUUCUUCAUGUUUUGGUUCCUAAGAAGACUGAGAAGGACAAUCUUUUGAUCCUUGGAGACUGGUUGGGUUUGAGGUCGAGGUUUAAGAGGGCGCUGCUUCAGCAUCCUGGUAUUUUCUAUCUGUCCAGUAAAAUUGGUACUCAAAUAGUGGUUUUGAGGGAAGGUUACAAAAGGGGAUCGUUGGCCGAACGCCACCCAUUUAUGGAUUUGAGGAGCCAGUAUAUUCACCUUAUGAACACUACUAUUAAGGAAGAUGGGAAAGAUGUUAAGGUAGUGCUAGCCAAAAUCAACCAGGACGAGUCGAAUGACAAGGACCUUGAAGAGGGUAGAGCAGGAGAGGAUGACAGGGAGAUCAAAGGGGACAGGGAUGAGUCGUCUGAAGUUGAAGCUGAGGAUGCUAAUGAGGAUGCCUUUGAGGGCGAGGAUGAUUCUGAGGAUGACGAUGAAGAACAGCCUCGAAAAGUUAACUUUAAAACUGCACAGAGUAGUUGGGGCAGAGUAGUAGGGCGAGUGAAGCCUAUGAGAGAUUCUAAGAGAGAAAGAUCAGCUGGGAGGUCAACUCAGAAAUUUAGGGAGAGAAAUCAAUCAGAAGCUUCUAGAAGAUUACAAAUAAGAGGUCGAAAUAAAGAUGUUGAGAGCUCUGUACAGCGAUCAAGAUCUUCUAAGAGCAGAGGGAAGGUUAUUACCUAGGAAGAACAACCCUGUUUAGUGAAGAUUCAAUCUGUUUCUAGCAUUUAGCAAAUUGCAGGUAGCUUUUGCCUACCCCUGUACCUUGAUCUGUCCCUGUUAUAAGUUUUCAAGAUUCAAAGUUCUAAUAUCUUAUUGUUUUGUAUGCUUAUAUAUGGAAUGUAUCGAUUUUGGCUUCGGUGGAUGCUUGUUGA